UAAAUGUUAGGGAAAGAGAUUAUGAUCCAAAAAGCCAAACUAUAUUGUCCACUCAAUCAAUUUGUACACGAAAUUGAUUCUAGCGAGUAAGUGCACCUACCCAUGCACACACCACAAAAAAACCAACCUAAAAUAAAACAAAAACAAAAACAUAAACUUGUGAAAUUACAAACAAGAUGCUUAGGAGCAGCACUAUAGCAGUUACAACUAGUGUUGGUGUUUCUCACACUCAAAGAUUAUGCUCACAUUCACUUCCCAUAAACUAUAGAUCAUCUUUCUCUCCUCGUAACCCUUUACUCUCGAACUCGGCGUUUCUCAAAUGGAAAAGAAACAUUGCUAGUUCCAAUAACAAUCGAUUCAGAAUGGCAACGAAAGCAUUGGCCCAACCGCUUCAGAAUGCCGACGAGCUCAUUGACUCCGUUGAGACUUUUAUUUUCGACUGUGACGGAGUCAUAUGGAAAGGUGACAGCUUAAUAGAAGGAGUGCCUGAAACGCUGGACAUGCUUCGGGCAAAGGGAAAAAGAUUGGUUUUUGUCACCAACAACUCAACUAAGUCUAGGAAACAAUAUGGAAAGAAGUUUGAAACACUUGGCCUGAAUGUCAACGAGGAGGAGAUUUUUGCAUCGUCUUUUGCAGUUCCUGCGUAUUUGAAAUCCAUUGAUUUCCCAAAAGAUAAAAAGGUUUAUGUCAUUGGAGAAGAUGGCAUCUUGAAAGAGCUUGAGCUUGCUGGAUAUAAGUAUGUUGGUGGUCCGGAAGAUGGUGGGAAAAAGAUCGAGCUUAAGCCAGGGUUCUUGAUGGAGCAUGAUGAAGAUGUUGGAGCAGUUGUUGUGGGGUUUGAUCGCUAUUUCAACUACUAUAAAAUCCAGUAUGGAACUCUAUGUAUACGUGAAAACCCUGGAUGUCUUUUUAUUGCUACAAAUAGAGAUGCUGUUACUCAUCUCACAGAUGCUCAAGAAUGGGCAGGUGGGGGCUCUAUGGUUGGUGCUCUCGUUGGAUCCACUCAACGCGAACCACUAGUUGUUGGAAAACCCUCAACUUUCAUGAUGGACUACGUAGCAAACAAAUUUGGCAUUUCAAAGUCACAAAUAUGCAUGGUUGGGGACAGAUUAGACACCGACAUAUUAUUUGGACAAAAUGGCGGCUGCAAAACUCUUCUUGUCCUCUCAGGAGUCACCACAACAGCUAUGCUUCAGAGUCCAAACAACUCCAUACAACCAGACUUCUAUACCAACAAAAUUUCAGAUUUUCUUUCCCUAAAAGCUACAGCUGUAUGAUUACUAUUACAUAUUAGAGGACACAAAUAUGUAUGAUGACUAUUACACAAUAGUUACAAUGAUUACAAUUUAUUAAUAAAAAUGAUGAACAAAACUUCUGUUUUAUGAGGUUUCAUCAUUCUGUUCUA